CCGUGGCAGGCUCAGGAAGUGUCCCAACCAUUUGGCUGUAGUUUGAUACUUCAAAUUGAACCUUGAAUUAUUCCCUUGCCCCCUACAGGCAUGACACAGGUCUUAUGAUUUUAACUUUUCUUUAAUUUUUUUUCCUUUCCUUUCAAUGCAGAGUCACACAUCAGUCGAAUUUAGAUAUGACCUUGUGACCUGUUGCCAUGGGAUACCAACAGCGUCAAAUUCAUUUCCCUGUGUCAUAUAGAGAUGCCUAUACUGCAUAUACAUGUACUGUAAAAUUCAUUUUCCUGUGUCAUAUUGUGAUGCUUAUACAUGUACUAUAAUAUACGUUACAAUCAUUGUCUGACUUAGCACAAGUAUUUUCCUGCACUGUUUUUCUUUGUAACAUGUACAUUUACAUUGUACAUUGCAUUGGUUUCAGUUUCAAUGCGUGAGGUGUCAUGUGUAUAGGCGGGGGCAAGUUCUGAGUUGCACUUUCACUGAGUGAAUUGUGGUACAAUGGCAGUGCAAUUGUCCGUGUGUAUUCAUCCAAUAUAGGUUAGCCAGGCAUUGACCUGAUGACUUCAAUAGCCUUUCAUACAUGUGUAUUGAUUGUUACAAGAACUGGUAUGUACAGUAGGGAUGGCAUGCACAUGAGCAUGUACAUGUUUUCAUAGAUAAGUGAAGCCUGGUUCUUUAUGUGUCGCAGAGGAAAAUGGGAAGCGCUGAUGGACCAAAACAAAGUGACAACUGGAUAAGAAGGAUUUUGCGCAGGCCACUAACGACCACAUUGAAUGUGAUAGGCGUCAGCUACUACACAAGUGUCACCAUACUGGGUGCCAUCUUGCAAUGGACAGUCGUCUUGCCGGAACUGUCACAUGCGCUGGGAUUUUCCUUGGCCAGCCACCGAGCGCUUAUGCUGUAUCUGUUUGCCAAUGCCAUGGGCAACUAUCUGCUUGCCGCCUCCAGCGACGUCCACUUGAAAAAGCGCAAACGGACGUCCUUCCUCACGGCAAACCGAUAUCCCAUGAUUCCCUUCCGCGCCCAUUACUGUAAAGUGUGCGACCAGUGCAUCCGCAAGCAUGACCACCACUGCUUCAUCCUUGGCAAGUGUGUCGGCUACAACAACCAGAAGUACUUUAUUUACUGUUCUCUGCACACAGCCCUGGUGUCGGUGUACGCGCUCCUCACCACGGCCAUGUACAUGCACGUGUCCUUCAAGACCAAGUUUCUCGGGCCGUUCACGUUCUUCACACUACUUCCAUCGUCCAUGGAACGGUGGUUUUUUGGAUCUGCAGGGUCUCAGGAGUUGCUCCUUGUUCUGUUCCUGUACGUUUGUCUGACAGGGGCAUUUGGAGGGCUUUGCUUCUUCACUUGGCAGAUGUUCCUCAUGGUGAUGGGACUGACUACCCACGAGGCCAUCAACGGUGAGAGGGGUACAGAUACAUCCAUCUGGGAGAACUUCACUGACACUCUGGGAAAAUACUGGCUCUUGGGUAUGCUUGCCCCUCUGCCGCUACCCCAAUAUGGCACGGGAAUGUACGAGGGUGUGACACAACUAGCAAGGAACCACUCGGAUUGAUUUGUAAUUUUUUGAUGCAACUCUCACUCACAUCCCCAAACUCUGCUAAAUGCAACAGAAUGCACCAGUGGUAAAAAGUUGUUGCAAGUUGUUGCACUUAUUAGUCUCCUGAUCUGAUGCAUUGCACCCCCUGCAUUCCGUUGCAUUUGGCAGGGUAGGUACUUGGUACCAAGGCUGGUAUGUAUUAGUUCACUGCAUUCUGUUGCAUUUGGCAGGGUGCCUAGAGAAUACCCCUGUGGGGGUUAGUGACAUUCAAGCCCAGCAGAGGCCAAUAUAGAAGAAAGGAGGGCAGUCAGUUAAAAAAAAAAGACUGAGAAUAUUUCUACUCCCCCUGGAUGGGGUGUUAGUCCAUCGCAGGUUA